GCUGAUCUAACCGGAUGUAAAUAGCGUUGAUUUCCGUUCAAAGAGGCGGAAGAUUGCCGAAAGGUUUCUGUCGCUACACCACAGCAGCAGAUAAGAAUGAGAUCAAUGGAAGUCCAUCAAAAUUUGAAUUUCCUGUAAAUGAGUCCACUUGCUUCUUAUAGACUGAAAGAAUAAGGAUUUGGUCAUUGAAGGUUUUUACCAGGCUUUGCUAGUGUCAAGAUGUCUGAAUCAGGGCACAGCCAGCCUGGCAUGUAUGGUCCUGGUCGUAGGAGGAGACGACGCCGGGAGCGGGAGAUUGGUCCUACUGGUCAGAACCUGUCAGGACCAGGCAGGGAAAGGGACUACAUGCCCAGAGAAAGGGAGUGCUGGGAGGGCACGGAAGAAUCAGCAGGUCCAAUGCUUCAGAAGACUCCCAUUAUUCUUGCCAAACCUCCAGCUGAAAGGCCUAAGUCCAGUCAGACUGCAGUACCUACAAAUGCUCCCAUGGAGAAACCGAUAGUUUUGAUCAAGUCUCGAGAAGAAGGGAAGCCUGCUCCACCCACAGAUGGUGCUAUUCCAACAACCGGAAUUACAGUUAAGGCAGAAAAAGAGGGUCAGCGCCCCACCCAGCCAGUGUAUCAGAUCCAGAACCGAGGAAUGGCUGCAACAGCUCCAAGCAGCAAUGUGGAUCCUGUAAUUGGUCAAGCAAAACUUCUUCCACCGGAAAAGAUGAAGCACAGUAUCAAACUUGUUGAUGACCAGAUGACCUGGUGUGACAGUGCCAUGGAGUAUCUAUUAGACCAAACAGAUAUGCUGGUAGUAGGAAUAAUUGGGCUACAGGGAACGGGAAAGUCAACAAUUAUGUCCCUUUUGUCUGCCAACGCUCCUGAGGAAGACCAACGAUGUUAUGUAUUCCGUCCACAGAGUCAGGAGAUCAAAGAGAGAGGUGGCAAUCAGAGUAUUGGUAUUGACUUCUUUAUAACGCAGGAGAGGGUCAUCUUCCUGGACACACAGCCAAUUCUCAGUCCUUCAAUUCUGGAUCACUUGAUCAAUAAUGAUCGCAAACUGCCCCCAGAGUACAGUCUGCCACACACAUAUGUAGAGAUGCAGUCCUUGCAGAUGGCUGCAUUCCUAUACACCGUGUGUCAUGUGGUGAUUGUGGUUCAGGAUUGGUUUACAGAUCUCAGUCUUUAUAGAUUUCUACAGACUGCUGAAAUGCUGAAGCCUUCCACUCCCUCAACCAGCCAUGAUUCCAGUGGAUCUGCUGGACCAGAUGAAGGAACUGAAUAUUACCCGCAUAUAGUAUUUUUACAGAAUCGUGCAAAACGAGAAGAUUUUUGUCCACGCAAUCUGAAGAAGAUGCAUACAGUGGUCGACAAACUGAUGAUGCACUCGCAUCUAAAAUAUAAAGGGUCAUUGUCUAUGCUGGAUUGUAAGGUUUUUCCAGGAUUGUCAAGGGGUUACCUGGAGACAGAGGUGAAUCUUUUCCUGCUCCCAGGCAUGGACAGCGAUGGGGAUGACAGCCUAAUUCGAGCUGGAUCAGCAACAUCUCCUCUCUUUGCUUUGUUGCCGGGUUAUAGGGGUCAUCCUACGUUCACCUCACUAAUAGGAAAGUUACGAAGCCAGAUUUUAUCCAUGCCACGGUCUCAGCUGUCCCACACCAUUCUUACAGAAAAGAACUGGUUCCAUUAUGCAGCUCGUAUUUGGGAUGGAGUAAAGAAGUCAUCUGCACUCUCAGAAUACAGCCGGUUGCUAUCAUAGAGUCAAAAUCAGAAUACGCUGGUUAGCUGCCGAUUCAGAAAUAGUGGACACCCCAUAAGUGGAUGACCAUUUCUUGCCUGAUGUAGGGUACAGAUGAGUGUCCUGUCGCUUUGAACUUGAUGUCUUUUACUUUAAAUUCCAUCAUCGGUUGAUGUCUCUAGUGAGUGGUUCCUCCACCUCCACAAUUCGUUGAAUGCAUGUAUCCAGAGGACUAGAAACAUUGCGAUAACUAAAAAGUUAUUCAUACUGGAACUUGCUAAAUUAAGAUUUAUGUGAAGCAUGACGGUCAAGUCAAACAGAAAUGUGAUUAUUCUUUUCCGCAACCACUGCAAUAUUAUUGCAGUUUGAUUAUUGUAUUUCAAAGAUUUAAUACACUGCGGUGGGUUGGCACCCUGCCCGGGAUUGGUUCCUGCCUUGUGCCCUGUGUUGGCUGGG